CGACAGACCCUCAUUACAUAUUCAAGGUGCGGUUGAGGAACAGGUGCCUGUGAAAUUAUCUCUUGUGCCUUUUGGAGAAGAACCCGAACGAAAUAUUGUCUGAACGUUUUAACAGAAGAUUGAAGAUUUGUUUUUCCUAAAAAUAGAGUAGGCCUACGCAAAUUACAUAUCGCCUCGUGUAAAGGUUUACCAAACAAAUCAAUUUUUGCUUGCGUCGAAGCGGUCCGUCCGGUUGAAAGGGCGCGGAGGAUUACUUGUUUAGCUGGUUGGACAAAAAAGUUCAACUCGAGUUUUAUUUCUUUAACGUUAUAAAAAUCGUGUAAAACUAAGAAUAGUUGAAAAUGGCAAACUCGGGAUUGCAGAUUUUGGGAUUUGCCCUUUCGAUGCUGGGUCUAAUUGGGUUGAUCAUUGGGACAAUCCUGCCACAAUGGAAGAUGUCCGCCUAUGUUGGAGACAAUAUCAUCACAGCAGUGGCCAUGUACCAGGGACUAUGGAUGUCUUGUGCGUUCCAAAGUACCGGACAGAUUCAGUGCAAAGUCUACGACUCCAUUCUACAACUUGACAGUUCCCUCCAGGCAACACGUGCCCUGAUGAUCGUUGGCAUCAUCGUCACGGUGGCAGGAUUGGGCGUGGCCACCAUGGGAAUGAAGUGUACCACUUGCGGCGGAGAUGACAAGACCAAGAAGUCUCGCAUCGCCAUGACUGGAGGCAUCGUCCUGCUGAUUGGCUCUCUUGCAUCUGUUGUGGCCUGUUCCUGGUUUGCUCACAACAUCAUCAAGGAUUUCUACAACCCCUUCACACCUGUCAACACAAAGUAUGAGUUUGGGUCAGCCAUCUUCAUCGCCUGGGCCGGAUCCUUCCUGGACAUCAUGGGCGGGGCCAUGCUCGCUGCUUCCUGCCCCCGGGGGAAGAAAGCCGCCACCCCCAAAUACCCCAUCUCCCGCCCCCCGGGUAGCAGCCACAAGGAGUUUGUUUGAGAUGGACGGUCCCCUGGUGCCUGAGCAGCACUGACAAGAUGCACGUCCACACCGGUCCCACUCAACACAGCAGUCCCUGCCCCGCUUCAGCCAGUUUCCUUUUGUAACAUUUUGUACUUCGUGUUUUUAAUUAUUUUGUAUUCUGUUUAUCUGAGGUUGAAGCCCUGCCUCCCUCUGUUACUGAUGUCUGUGAGGCCGUUAUGUUCAGAGAAAUCUGUGCUUGAUGUUUUUUUUAGAGCGUAGAUAACAGCCUGGGAUGUUUACUUCGGUAAAGCAUGUAGAUUGUCAGUCUCAGGGAGAAGUGUAACAUUUCCCUCAAACUAUCACUCUAGCCCCACAUGUCUGUUAAUGUAUCCUACAGAGGCCUUGUGAUCUUGGUGGUUGAAAUAGCUUGAUGCUGUGGUGAAAUGUGUGAAACGGCCAAGUUAGUUUUUUUAGCCAACACCAUUUAGAGUUGGCGUAACACUUCUGUCAAUGUGAACCUCUAACUGGUAAUGCUGAAUAUAUAUGUAUAUAUAUAUUGUGAGCUCUGCUUGCUAGUUGAAGUCUCUCUGGCCCAGACAACCUUAUCCGAAGCUUAACCAAUCAAAAGGAAGAUUUGUAUGCCAUUAACCAUGCCCAUAUUAAUUACUCAAGUGUAGAAUCUUAGAAGGGGGGGAAACACUUUAACUUUUCUGACUUGUGCCCUCAAUUGUAAAUAAACACGAUUCAUUUUAUAUAUCACAAACUCUUCUUAUUAAAAUGUCCAUAUUACACUUACUAUGGUUCAUCCUAACUACAGUAUAGUUUAGUAGUGUGAUGAACCAGGUUCCUAAGCUUUUUCUAAUCUCUCCCUCUUACUCAACUCCCUCUUACUCAACUAUGUUCUAGCUCUCAACUAUGUUCUAGCUCUGAAAAGGUUUUCUCUUGUUAAGAUUUUCGUGUUCCCAUUGGUAGAUUUAUGAUAUAUUAUGCAAUGCUCAAGAACAUUUAACAUUUUAAGAGGUUCUCCCAUUUUGUGAUUUUUUUUAUAAUGGGCUUUGUGUCAAUAAAGUGCGGACAAAAUGUUUUGCCAGGUAAGUUUUUGGUUGGUGACUCCAAAUUAUCUUGGCUUUCAACACUACUCAUGAUUCAUGAAUAAAAGUCUUCAAGUGAAGACCCAUGGCGUAUAGGCUGUAUGAUAUUAAAAGUGGUUGUUUUACACCAAAA